CACCGCCUUCCAAGCCCCACUAAACUCGCUAGGGCUGGGGGGCACAAAAUCAAUUUUCUGGUCGAUUUACCUUCGCUCCCACUUCGCGGCAUCCCUUUCACUUUCCCAUCCGACCAGCACAUCGACAACAACAGCCAAGAUGGGCAGAGGACCUAAGAAGCACCAGAAGCGCCUCAGCGCGCCGUCGCACUGGCUUCUCGACAAGCUGUCGGGUGCCUACGCCCCUCGCCCGUCGCCUGGUCCGCACAAGCUCCGCGACUGCAUGCCUCUGAUCGUCUUCGUCCGCAACCGCCUCAAGUAUGCGCUCAACUACCGCGAGACCAAGGCCAUCAUGAUGCAGCGCCUGGUUAAGGUCGACGGCAAGGUCCGCACCGACAUCACCUACCCGGCCGGCUUCAUGGACGUCAUCACCAUCGAGAAGACGGGCGAGAACUUCCGCCUCAUCUACGACACCAAGGGCCGCUUCACCGUUCACCGCAUCCAGGAGGAGGAGGCCAAGUACAAGCUUGGCAAGGUCAAGCGCGUCCAGCUCGGCCGUGGUGGUGUGCCAUUCUUGGUUACGCAUGAUGCGAGAACCAUCCGCUACCCCGAUCCCCUUAUCAAGGUCAACGACACCGUCAAGAUUGACCUUGAGACUGGCAAGAUCACCGACUUCAUCAAGUUCGACACUGGCGCCAUUGCCAUGAUCACCGGUGGUCGCAACAUGGGUCGUGUCGGUGUCAUCACCCACCGUGAGCGUCACGAUGGUGGCUUCGGCAUUGUCCACCUCAAGGACGCCAUUGACAACACUUUCACCACGCGUGAGAGCAACGUCUUCGUCAUUGGCACCGAUAAGCCCUGGGUUUCCCUUCCCAAGGGCAAGGGUGUCAAGCUUACCAUUGCUGAGGAGCGCGACCGGAGACGGGCGCAGGCCCUUGCUGGCCACUAAAGGGGAUAACUACGGGAAUGGGCAGGGCAUGAGGUUGCUGGUCUUACAAAAGCAUGCUGGAUGGAGUACCGGAUGUCACUUUAGUAGUU